AUGCCAUCCGAGAAAGACUAUGAGGAUUGGGCAUUUUCUGUUGUUCUUCAGCAGGUCUGGACCAACGAGUCUGUCCUCUUGGUUGGACAAGCGCUCGCCGCCUAUACCAACCAAGCGUGUACGGUGGAAACGCGGGAGAUGGCGAGCAAGACUUAUCCUUGGGCGCAUCACCAUUUCAUCACCAACUCGGGUUUCCGGCGCUACUUUAAGCUCGGCUCUGACGGCGAUCCUGAACCAAAGACUGCGGCGGGCGAACCCUUCAGCUCGGCUCUCCACCCGGCCAUAUUCGGCAAAUUCAGCGUCCCCGGCAAACGGGCGACGUGGAGGUUAUCUGGCUUGAUUUUGAUCUGGUGUCUGCUCCUGCAGGCUGCGCGGCGGCUGCACGACGAGAUAGAAUCUGCGGCGGAAGCAGGGACAUGUUUGCCGACGCAGGCGUAUGACCGAGCAAGUCUCCCGGACGCGUCGAGGAGUAGAGGCUGGGGAGUGUAUCGGAUGCAGACGCCAGACGGGCGUGGCAUCCACGGACAAACCGCCGAACCGUUUCCGGUGAGAGCUCACGACUAUACCAGCGGGAGCUAUCAGAGCGCUUGCAUCAAGAGCCUGUCCACGGACAUUCAAGCCGAUGGUGCUAGCCGACUUGAGCUCGCUUCCAGGUAUCUCGGAGCUCUCGCCCCUACUGCGCUCGGUAAUCUUCUUGGCGUCGAAGCCCUCUUCAUAGCCAUCGCAAAUACGACGAGUCCCAGGUUCGGCGGCAACGCUUAUCUGACGGAUGCCUCCUUGUCGCUCCUCCGACCGACUCCCCUGUCCUCGUUCUCCUACCUCCGUGCCUACCGAGCUGAAUGGAAGGACCGCAUGACUCGGAAGGAGUAUAAUAAAGGCCGGACGGUCUUGCUUCCACUGGACACUGACAAGGAAUUCUGGGGCAAGGCCUAUCUGCACUGCUUCGCUGAGGACGAGCGAGAUCGGAUGAACCCCCGAACCCUUCAACGCAUCAUCUACAAUAUCCAUCGUCUGGCCGUUCAGAGUCCCGAGCUGGGCAUUCCAAGUUUGGGAGACGUAUGGCCCAUAGGCCUCCCGAGGUCCGCGCGCAUGUACUUCAUUGAGGAGGAGCCGGAGAAGGAGGUCGAGGAGGAAUCGGACGGAGGAAGCGACAUGUAG